CAACAACGAGCCUCACCCGGCCCUUCCCAAGCUUUUACUGAUACCACAGAUCUACCUCACACCCCUGAGAAUCGGGAACGGUCUCCUAAUGUUCUCUUGGAGAGCACUCCGAGUGAAUGUAACGAGAACUCCACAUACCAGCAAGACUUUUGUGAUUGCGAGGACGUGGAAGCGCACUACCUACAUUAUGCUGAGGAAAUACAGUCGUAUGUGCUAGGCCCAAUGCCCUGUGACGAAUUCCUCGAAAACGUAUGCCACGGCUACUGCAAGCUGUCGUUUGACGGCAUGCCUUCACCUGUCGAUGCCUUCAAGGAUGUUCCCCAGCAGGCUGAGAAGCAAUUGCAGAUCUACGACCCAUUCAUCUCUGCGGUGAACGGCGGGAACGGUCAGCCCAGAUGCCCAGGGAUCAAAUUCACUCACGCCCCAUCCCGAGCAGAAGAGCAGGGUGUGGGAUGGCUCCAGCCAGAUGUCAUGGGCUUUUCGGACGACAUGAAGAUUUCGGAGAAGAGCAAGAGCACGGCAUCGGUGGAGCACAUGGGCUACGCGGAGAUCUUCGUCGAAGUGAAGCGCUCGCCAGACAACGACAUCUUCAUGGAUCCCCCGGAGAACGUGAAACACGAUGAACACCUUUUCAUUCUCAACCCUUCAUCACUAUCAAGCAAAGAGGAGCUUAAAAUUGCGACUGAAGCCCUCGGCCAGAAUGUUGCAUAUGCGGCCGAAAUCCUCGCUCGCCAACAUCGUCGCUUCCUCAUCUCUAUGUCGAUGUCAGGCUCCCGUAUGCGGUUCCUUCUCUGGGAUCGAAGUGGCGUGCUCGUAACAGAAUCGUUCGACUUGCAUGAGCAUCCGGAAAUUCUCUGUAAGUUCUUGUGGUGGUUCUCCCACUCCAGCUAUAAUGCACGAGGGUACGAUUUGACGGUGAGGAUGAGCGUGAAUGAGAAGGAGGAAAAGAUGUUCAAGGAUGCGAUGACCAAACACGUGAAGGAGCAGCUGUUGCUAUGCACCUCGAAGGAAGACGCCAUGAGACUGGGGAGAAACGAGAUGCAAGUAGCGCAAUACAUGGCGCGAAUAGAAGAUGACAAGAAGUGCCUGAUGGAAGCCCUGCGUGAUCACUAUCAGCCGGGGAGCGUCAUAGCGGCCGACGUGUUUCAUGAGGCGCAAGACGACGAAGGGAAAGUGAAGACCCAAGUUGAGCGCGUGCUGGUUUCAUGCCCUGUCACAUCACCUAAAUCUGUUGCAAGCCGAGGCACGCGCGGAUAUUGGACGAUGUUCGCGGAUGGCUCUGUCGGGUUUUUGAAGGACACAUGGCGCCAUGCUGGUGAAGGAUUCGAGCAAGAGGGCAAAACGAUAUGGUAUUUGAAUGAGCACAAUGUACAGAAUGUGCCCAAUGUUGUGUGUCAUGGCGACGUAAAGGAACGUCGCAAAGAUGAUAAGAAGCCUCAGACGACGGUCGUGCACAGGUAUAACAAUGCAGAUUGGGUGUGCCGUGGGACUGCGCAUAGGAAUGAUGAAGAUGAGAUCGUGGAUAACAAUGCCAGGCGUCGAAAAAUCAAAGUGAGAGGUCGCAUUCACUACAGGCUUGUCUUGGAUAUUGCCGGGUACAAGCUGCAGUACUUUUCAGACUCACAUGAGCUUCUUCACGGCACACGCGACGUGCUGACCGCAAUGAUUGAUGCCUAUAGUGCUGAUAAAAUACAUCGAGGUCAAAGCACGACCAACAUCAUCCUCUACAGGCGUCCAGGCGAGGAGAGAAGGAUCGGAUAUUUGAUAGACUGGAAGUUUGGCUGUGACGUUAGUCAUCCGCCGGGAGAUCGCCUGUGGCGCAUUAACGGCACCUGGCAGUUCAUGUCAGCGAACGUGCUCGACGGUGAUGACACCUAUCGUCACGUUGUCGAGGACGAUAUGGAGGCCUUGCUCUACAUAGUGCUUGAUUGUGCUGCACGGUGGUCGGAACAAGACGAAGGCAUCAAUUGGCUUAGGACAUCGUUCUGGUUUCUCGGUGAAAAUGUAACGAUGGACGGAGUCUCCAUGGGCGGUUCGGGGAAGCUGAUGAACAAACUCAAUCGGAAGUACACCAAAGAUCUCAAAUUCACAUGCCAGCCCCUGCAGGACUGGUUGAAUGCGGCUUUGGACCUCAAUAAUCCGGUAGGACCAGCGGAGCUAGGCAGCUAUCCUCCACAGUGGACCCUUGAAAGAUUGGCGAAGUUGUGGGACGAUGCGUUGGCGAAGCCCUUCGACAAUAUGCCAGACAGGAUAGAGCAUGAGAUUCCUGGUGUCGAGGCGCAGACACAGUACAGGGUCUCCAACGUAUCUGUCGAUUCAUGUGUAAUCAAAGACCAGGAGGACCCCAGGAGUCGAGAGCAGGGCGUAGCUACGCCUGUCGCCAACGGAGGCAAACAGCGUGAAGGCGAACCUGAUUCAGGAAGAGGGGAGGAACGCAAUCGCCAAGGAAGCGCCUCGGUGGAUCAGCCCGAGGCUAGCGGAAGUGCUGCACAAGACACGAUGGACUUCGACGCCGAGAAGGACACUACGAACGCUGUCCGCGAAAAGAGCGAUCUGAGGAAACGUCGGGCGUCUUCCUUGGUCGACAACGAACGGACGAAGAAGACGAGGAACAUAAGCCCCAGAGUCAAGGCCAGCACAAGCGAGAAACUCUCGCGUACGCAUCAGCAGUCCUCCGAAGUUGGUCCUAGUGGUCAAAUGCUACCUCCUCAGCUGCAGGCAUCUGGUUCCGGGAUGCAGGUUGGCCCAACUGAGGAUGUGCCGCUGCGUCGAUCAUCUCGCUCACGUCGUCCGCCUCAACGGUUGACGACCGUUAACGUGCCAGCGCUCGCCGCACGUCGGAUCAGCUCAAAACGGCUCUUCAAUAAACAAUGACAAUUUGAAGCUUAAGCCACUGCGGAGCAUGUAAAGAAGAAAGGGUAUGCACAUUAUGCGAGUCUAUGGCGGAGGGCAGGCUGUUUCAGUUGAGCGGAGCGAGCAAAGCGUGCACCAAGCAUCAUGGCAUCUCUUACUCCUCGAGGGUCGCUGUUUUACUACUCAUUGCUCACAUCUCAACUGCCGACAAAUAGUGUACCUCUUGAUGAUGUGCCAAAGGACCCAUUGAGAUGGCAUAAGGCUGAGUGUAAGAGGCAUGCCGCAAAAGAUCCAGGCGAGAUCAAGAUAGAGCUUUGAGUGGGUGAUCGCGCAUCUGAGGAAGUUCUUGCAGUAUACACGAGUUCUUUCUAUUGCCAGCUUUGUGUACCUACGUAACGAAUUGUGAUGCAUUCAGAAGUGAAC